AUGGCAUGGAAUAAAAUGACUAUUUUUCUUCAUUUCGACUUAAGUUCACAGUUAACAUACUUUUGUAAAAUAUGUUCCGCUUUAGACCUACCGUACGUCGACAGGAUGACAAAAACUAAUGGAAAACCUACAAAUUGGCAGGUUCUUGUUGCAAGUAUAUUAAGAACACUUAUUAAAGUGGUUGACUUCCAUGCAAUAGGGACUAGUCCCACUUCAAUCUCACCGAAGUGCAGGCUUGUUUAUGUAAUUCACUCAUUCGAUAAAAUCGCAUUACAUUUAAUGGAUCUGCGCAAUAUCAUGAAACUGCCCUCUGAAUGCUGCUACCAUCAUAACUCAUUUCCUAGACUAUGCUCAAGACAGCCUCAUACACCUACGGGGAUUCGUUUUAAAGCCCACAAAUCAAACUUUGAUGCGAAGUAUGAUCAAAGAAGGCGUUUAGCGUUAAAGAAGCAAUACCAUUUACUGCGAGAACUUGGUUGUACACUCAAUGAUCCUCCGCUCCGGCUAUUAUCCAAGCUACAGAACUUCACUCCUCUCCUGCUGUGUGUAAGUGAAAAACGCACUGUUGUGUUUUCCAUCUUAUUAAAUUUCAACUUUUCACCGACUGCACACAAUUGGUGGAUUGGAGGAUCUUACUUUUUCGUAACUCUAGUUUACUCGAUACCAGUACGUUUAAUCAAAUUUGGUCAAUCUAAGUUUGGAAAUAAUUUAGACAGUACUAAAAUGCUCUUCUAUCUGAGAAAGUUCUAUCCGGAUGGGAAAUUUGGGAGCAAUAAUUUUCUUCAAGACAACCAUGCGUAUUACUUGGGUCAAAGAGACGUAGUACCUCAUUUGUGCAUGCGUCAUUUGAUUGAAACACAGCACUGUGUCAAAUCUACUUGGCCUCAGUUGAAUUUUCAGGAGUUAUUUGUGCUGGCACAGAAUAUACAUUCAUCACAUUCUGGAAAUAAUGUUUACGUCGGAGUAAUUAUUAAUGCUAUAGGCACAAUACAUUUUAAUGAACUUGUCUCUACAAAAUCGUUAAAUCGAUCGUCAAAACUCCUAUUAGCCUAUAAUUUAUGCGCAGGCCCAUUUGUCACAGGCAGAUUAUUUUCUCUUCUCAAAAAUGAAGAAAAUUGUCUAAAGAACUUCAAAUCUACAUGCAUAAAUAUUAAUUUCCGUGUUCUUAUCAUUUUCACCACUAGCAAAACUAUUGUCAAAGUCAAUACUUCAAAGAAACCACCUUUAGAUAUGACUAAAUGUGCUUGGCAGAGACGAUUGCGUACGCAAGCAGAUGUGCUUUACAUGCACGGAGAUGAAGAGAAGCUACUCCAGUUUUUGGCUACUUUAUGGACAACAACACCUCUACUGUCUCAUUUGUGUGCAAAGGACAAUUUCAGUAGACUUAGAUAA